AUGGUCGAGGAGCUCGCAAAAGUAUUGGCUGACGAUUUGGGCGAGUCCGAUACUCCUGCAAGGGCAGCUGCCCGCCAAGCUAGCGCCGAUCGCUACGGUGACUUCCUGGAAAAACUCGAAGAGAUCCGCACGAUCGGAAAUGAUUCCUUCAAGCGCAUAACUCAUGACGAGGCGGCAGAGUUGUAUCCGAAUCUACACAUGAAGACGCUGAUCAAGAACCGCUACCAGGGUCGGGCCCCCGGGGCCUUUUACGUCGAGUAUCUGAGGUUUUUUGAAGAGCUAAACCGACUGAUUGGCGAGUACCCGGAAGUGGCUGUUGAAGCCGUGAUCGCCGAGCUGGUGUUGGACCGAAUCCACGAGAUUGGCGAGAAAUACGAGGAGAUCAACAAGAAGUGGCUGUCGCUAAAAACCGAGAUCAAGACCUACUGCGGCGGCAAGAUGCUUGAGUACCACCCGCGCUGGACGGAUGCGGUGGCCAUGGAGCGCGUCUACAAGCAGCGCGACUUGGACAGUGUCCCGAAAUUGAUGCACAAGGUCCGCGAAGCGUUCUACGAAAUCAUCCGCGAAAGCCCAUGGGCCGAUCCGCCCACCCAGGACAUUGCUGUGGGCAAGAUCAAAAACGUCACAAUGCACAUCGGGCAAGAUGUCGAGACAUGGCCGAGGCGCCAGGGCGCGUUAGUCAAGACGCACGUCGUUGUCAACGCCUACAACGCCUACCACACGAUCCGUAUCCUUUGGGGCAUCAUGGGCCCGCCGUUCUACACCGCCGACGCGGCGCUGGAGCUGAAAUACGGUGGCGUCGGCUUCAUCGUCGGGCACGAGCUCGGCCACACCAUCGAUCCGAACAACAUCAGACGAGCGAGGCCGGUGCUGAUCGGGGAAGAGGACGAGCAGCAGUUCUGGGAACAAGUCGAAUGCAUCCAACACCAAUACGAGAAGGAGACGCUCCCGAUGAACAGCAUGAAUCAUACCUUCAACCAACCAGGCGACCUGACCCAUGGCGAGACGGUGGCUGACAAUGUCGGGUUGAGGUCGAGCUUUAGGGCCUACCGUAAGGAGAGGAAACGCCUCUACGGAAAACUGGAGCCAAAACUCCCCGGACUCGACCGCUAUACCCCCGAUCAAGUCUACUUUAUCGCUGCUGCUAUGUUCUGGUGUGGCGAAAUGAGCGACCAGCGCCUCACGCAAUAUCUCGAAAAUGCGCACCCGCCCGGCGUUUUUCGCGUCAAUGAGAUGAUGAAAAACUCGAUGGAGUUUGCUCAAGCGUACAAGUGCCCGCUGAACUCGCCGAUGAACCCGGCGAAGAAGUGCCGCCUGUCGGUGAUCCUCCCUACCGCCGAUCCGUGCCAGGAUUUCUUCAAAUUCGCCUGCGGCAAGUUUAUCCAGGACAAUCCGCUCGGGCCCGGGGUGGACCGGACCGGAAUGCUAUGGGUGCUGGAGGACAACAUCCGGAACGCGGUAGUAGAAUUCCUCCACAACAUCCCGUCGAAUAAAACGGCCACCCCGGCCGACAAGAAGGUCUUCAAGACGUACAAACUGUGCCUCGACACCGCAGAAGCUGGAAUCAAGCCAAUCCGUGACAUUUUCCGAGCUGAGUACGCGGACAACGCGGAGUCUGAGGGGCCACAGCGUAUCGCAAGCACGCCUUUCAGCCACCCUGCGAUCACGAGGCAAUUUCCCAAGCUACCCAUCAUGGAAAGCCUGAAACACCGCUUUCCGAUACACGCGAUCUACGACACAAUAUACGUGCAAAAUGUGGAUUAUUUUGGCGAGCUGAACAAGUAUGUUGGCAAGAAUACUGACAUUGUCAAGGAGGCCAUGGUGGUAGAAUGGUUUCUGGACCGGCUGCAAGUGUUUGGAGCUGGCUACGAGAAUAUCCGAAAGGAAUUUGCUCCGACGUACACCCCGCUUCCGGUGUACUGUGCUGAACAGCAACCCGGGGAACUGACCCAUGACGAGGCCAUCGCCGACAAUGCCGGGCUGCGCGCUGCCUUCAGGGCCUACCGCAACGAGCGCAAGCUCCUCUACAAAGACUUCGAGCCAAAACUCCCCGGACUCGACGCCUACACCCCCGAUCAGCUCUUCUUCGUGGCGGCGGCCAUGAUCAACUGCGGCGAGCAGAGCGAUGACGAGCUGUUGGAGAAUGAAGAUGACGAACACCCCCCGGGCCACAUCCGUGUCAAUGAGGAGGUGAAGAACUCGAGGGACUUCGCCCGUGCCUACAAGUGCCCUCUGAACUCGCCGAUGAACCCGGAGAGGAAGUGCCGCGUUUGGCGCUACAAGAAGAGGAAGCAC